GCCGGCUCCUUCUGAAAGCUCAGUUGGGGUUUCCCAACCACCGGUUGAAUUAAGAAACAACAGAAUUAACCCUGAAAUACUGGUUCUGCUGGUCCAUCAAGCAUCCAGGCAGAUACUUUUCACUGAUAAGAAUACUUGUUUAAAGGUAAACUGUGCCUAUUGUUGUGCUAAUACGCCCUGGGUGUGUAGAGAAGAUGAGCACUGUGUACUCCGUACUGUAGCCUCUUGCCUUUACUUUCCAUCGAUAGAAAUAUAUCCGUCUGUAUCUAUAUGCACCGCCAGAACCCCAGAUACCCAGAAUUCUUUCCUCGAGAAGUUGGUUUUUUUGAAGAUGAGAAUUUGGCACUUUUCUCAAAUAUUCAUUGUGUUGACGUUUAUAGUCUGCGUAACCGUCCUGCUAAGGAGGGAGGGGCCUGAGUGCGACUGCGCGGAUUCUGUCCAGAAGAGAGAAUUUGAGGAACAGUUGCUACAAACAUGUUCCCCCGGAAACUUUUCUGUGAGACAAGACGCACUGGGGGUUCUUGACGUCCCAUACAAUUACCUUCUGGGAACUCCCAACGCUAAAAAACGGUUCCUGAGCGUCGGGAUAUCGUCUGUGAAGAGACAAAAACAGAACUACUUGCUGGAAACCAUCGACUCUGUCUUCAGCCACCUGAGCCCCGAGGAGCUGGACGAGGUCCUUCUCGUUGUCUUCUUGGCCAACCACGACCAUUCCCUAAACCUAAACACCGCCCAGGAGAUCAAGGGGAAAUUUGCCUCUGCCGUCGACGCCGGGCGUUUGAUCGUCGUGAGCACAUCUCCCAAACAUUACCCGCUGCUGGACGGCCUGAAGAGGAAUUACAAUGACGCACCGGAACGGGUCAAGUUCAGGUCCAAGCAGAACGUGGAUUAUGCUUUUCUGGUGAAUUUCUGUGCCAAUUUGUCCAGGUUCUACCUCAUGUUAGAGGACGACGUUUCCUGCGCCCACAAUUUCCUCACCAGGAUCAGGAAUAGCAUUGCGACUCAGAAGACCUCUUGGACCACCAUCACCUUCUCAAGCUUGGGUUACAUCGGGAAGCUCUACCACAGCAUAGACCUUCCCAAACUCGCCCGUUUCUUGCUCCUGUUUUAUGACGAGAUGCCUUGCGAUUGGCUGCUGGACCAUUUCCACAGAUCCAAAGCCCAACCGGAGAUAAUUCGGGUCAAACCGUCCCUCUUCCAGCACAUGGGGACCUACUCUUCCUUCCAAAACAACCAGAACAAGUUGAAGGACAAAGAAUUUAUGGAAGUGGUGGAAACGUUUGGAGACAGCCCGACGGCCUCUUGCUUUUCCAACAUAGAAGCCUAUUCGGAUAACGUGGCGGAUAACGUUUGCUUUGUAGGCCCUAAUUUCUUCUGGGGCAAAGACGUGACCCCUUCCAGCCAUUUCACCAUGGUCUUUCGGGAACCGGUCAACCUAGACAGAGUCACCAUCAUCACCGGAUCGGGGGAUCACCCGGGGGAUAUACUGAAAUCGGGGUACGCACAGCUGGGGCGGCACAAGGUGACGGAGGACGGACACGAGACCUGCAAAGACUUCACCAACAUUGGAGACUUCCAUGACGGGGGAUUUACGUACAAUAGUAGGAACAGCUCGGCGGGAAAGAGCGUCGACUGCCUGAGAGUGCGGGUUUCUGCCGCCCAAGAACAUUGGCUUUUAAUACAGAAAAUUGGGGUUUGGAUCCGAAAGUAAAAAAUAAAAGUGGAACGAGAGACUGCAGGAAUGUGAUUGGUUGGGUCAGUACUGAACCGAGAUGGAAAUGUUACUACUAACUGCUUAUACCUCCGGCCCAUGUGGGGAAUGUGUGUGGGGAGGGGAGAAUAUAAAAGUGAAGACUUACAUUUAUUUUCUGUAUUUAUUGUACAAUAUUAUUUUAAAAACCUGAUAUUUUGCCA